AUGACCAAAUGCUUAGAAAUUUGGCCCAAACGGGGCCUCUCCACGGUCUCACGCGGCACAGAUGUCUCACUCUCAUACGGAGCCUUUUCAAAUGUGCUCUCCCAUCGCCUGCACUAUGUGAGAAUUGGUCACGGCAAAAUUAAUUUGCUACUGCUUCCUGGACCAAUGGGAUCAGUUUCAACCGAUUACUCAGAAUUUCUACGAAUGUUUGACCAAUCAAAAUUUACUGCUGUCGCACUGAAUCCGGUGGGCUGUGGCAACAGUGUACCGCCGUACCGUGACUGGAGUGACCCCGGGGUGCUCGAACAGGACGGCGAUUUAGGUGUUCAGUUGAUGCGUCAAAUCAACCUUACACCCUUCAUCUUCAUUGGCUGGUCUACAGGGGCUCAUGCUGCUCUUUGCGCGACCGUAAACACUGCUUCAGAGGGCACAGAACCAAUCAAAGGCCUCGUUAUUUGGUCCUUACACGACGACCCACCCGCCAAUCACGCGUGGACAUUGGGAAUGGAAGCGACCUACGGCAGGUCCUACUUCCGUAAGUGCUGGCAUGACUACGUCAUCGCAAAAACUAAAGGACAACUCAGGACAAUCAGGUCAGGACAAGUAGCCGAGAGUUUGCGCUACACGCCCAUCCUGUACAUUCGGAGCACUGGCGAACCGACAAGUCGCCUACUGAAUGCAUUGAGAUCGUGCCCUCUCUACGUUGAACGUGAUUGGCCAGAAUCCAACGGAUCUCCGCAUAAAGAGCAUCCAGAUUUGUUCAGAGAAAUCGUCGAGGAGUUCGCCUCUAACCUCCCCCUAUGA